AGAAGUUUGCAGAUUAUACUUGAAUGCCGCCAUGGUCUUGUCAAAAUUGCACGCUAGUAAAUGCCGAAGCCAACACCAUGUGUGCAGCAUGCGGUUCGGCAAAGGAACGAGGAAGAUCUUCACUGCUGCCUAAGAUGAUCAUUAAACCAAUUUCGGAUGUCACUAACGCUGUACUGGACUUAUUCAAUGGACCCACCAAUGCCGUUUCUAGGCAACGCUUCCCUGCUACCAUUAUUUCGCCAGGACUCUUCCCGGGCCGUUCGUCCUCUAACCCAGAGCUUGCAAGCUCAACUACACCACCUAGGCCACCUCGACCAGCGGCACCGCCAGGGUGGAUCGUGAACGGUGAUUCUUCAACACAUAGUAAUCCUCCUGCUUCGGUGGCCACAACCGAAUUGUCCUCACUUGCUUCACAAAGCCAGACAUGGAUCUGUCGAAAGUGUUCGCAUGAAAAUUCAGAGCAGUCAACAACUUGCUCACAGUGCAGUGAAUGUAACUUAGGCUCAAAAAGGCGUCAGCGGGGGCAAAAUCGAGUUCACACUUCUGUGUUAAAUGGUGUGAAUAACACUUCCGGGACAGCGAGUUCAGGUAUCAUGUCGGUAGAUGAUAAAAUGCCUUCGCUAUGCUCGGAGGUGAUGACCGAUGUGGAACGACGUGAUCGCGAGAAUGCGGCUGCAGCGUACAACAGAAUCGUCAGCUUCUGCGCGCAACACAAGACUACAUUUGUUGAUGACAGCUUCCCUCACAAUGAUAAGUCUAUAGGAGAUUUGCAUCCGUCGGAACUUGGUCCUGUUGUAGGUGUCAUUCCUCGCUCUUAUGUAUGGCUUCGCCCUGAAUAUAUGUUUACUAAAGAUGGACGAGCCUGGCCUUGGACUGUUUUUAGAGAUCCUCGUUCAUCAGACAUAGAACAGGGAGUUUUGGGGGAUUGCUGGUUGCUGUCCGCUAUGGCUCUUAUUGCUGAAAGACCAGAUGUCCUUGAACACAUACUUCUAACAAAGGAGUAUUCCCACUGCGGCGUGUAUCAGAUAAGGCUAUGCAUCGAUGGACAAUGGAAAAUUGUCUUAGUAGACGACUAUUUUCCUUGCCGAUUGGAGACAAGAUCAAUUGCUUUUGCAGACGGCAGGAAAAACCAGCUGUGGGUACCAUUGAUUGAAAAAGCACUCGCCAAGCAACUUGGAAGCUAUUCUCGACUUCUUGCUGGUAGAACCAUCGAGGGAUUGGCAACUCUGACAGGAGCUCCUGUUGAGGUAAUCUCCCUUGAAGAUGAUGUGGAUCCAGACGUCCGAUGGGCUAGGAUCUUGAGCGCCAGGGAAGCUGGUUUCGUUAUGGGUUGUAGUUGUGGAGCUGGUAGGAGACCUGUCAACGAUGAACAGUAUCGAAGGCAUGGUCUACUCUCGAAACACGCCUAUUCCAUAUUAGACGUGGUGCAAGAAGGCGAGCACAGGUUGCUGAAACUUCGCAAUCCAUGGGGAACAUUUGUAUGGAAGGGAAAAUGGAGCAAUAAUUGGCCCGGUUGGCCGAAAGAUUUAAAGCGUAAACUACUCUCUGGAGAACCUUCUACUGGGACAUUUUGGAUAGGCUAUGAUGAUUUUGCUUCACAUUUUGAUUCAGUUGACAUCGCUAAGCUUAGGAUAUAUCAAGGUUGGGCUGAACUGCGCAUACCCAUUCAGAUGGGUGGCACAUUUUCAAACGCCGAUAAGGCGGUCAGGAUUCUCAUCGAGGAACCGACGGAGAUUUGCCUAACAUUGUUUCAGAGCGGAGCUCGCACAGCACAUGAUCAGGUGGAUCUCAUGAUAUGUGUACAUAUGGUUUCGACCUCGGGAACAAUUGGAGAACUCGUGUGUCGCUCUCCGCGGAAGUUGGAGGCUUUUGUCAGCACAGGAGACGUUUUUCUGCGCCCUGGCUACUACAUCGUCAUAUGCCAUAGUCUGUCCACAUUGGGAUCGCGAAAGAUCCAAGGGUUUUUGGCCAUUCAUAGCUCCAAGCCAACAUUUGCUGAUAUGGUGCCUUGCUCUUCGGCACUGUACACAGAUUCACUGGUUCAGCUGGCUCUGAAGGAAGGGAGACUCCAUAGCUCACUAAAUGGUAUAUACCCUCGGUACAUAACUGAAAAUUUUUCUGGUCUAUUGUUGAUGGUGGAUAAUGUUUUGGAGGAUAUGUAUGUGCAUGUAAAGGUCGAAUGUUCUAACUCUAUAAACGUGCUAUCGUCACGAGGGACUCUGGACGUUGCAGAUUCUAUCCCACCACUUAGUCGACAGAUUGUAAUGAUUCUGACACAUUUCGAGCCUACUCAGACAUACUUGGUGCAUCAUCAGCUGCUGGUUCGUGUUUCGCAUCGCCAUGCUUUGGGAGAUUUUGCUAUAUAUCAGAACGGUUAUCCGGUUGGAACUGCCAGCCAUUCACCUGCAUUUGAUUGCCCAGCCAUAGAACAACUGCAUAUUCGUAAGGCACUCUUCUAUACCUAACUUCCAUUCAUGCCUGAAAUUACUGAUCUCAGAUUACUCAUUUAGUCGCUUCAUUCGUAUUUGCUAUUUACAAAUAUAAUACUAUUAGUGUGCUUUCACUUGUAGGCCCCAUUAUUUUUUAUUGCUCUCUAAUGUGAAUCACCACUUGCCCAUGAUUGAGAUUGUACAACUUUGCUCGAUGGUACUGACUUAUCUCACUGAUUUGAGAUAUUUUUUAUAUCCAUAUUCUUUUAUAGAUUGAUUUAUAAUCAAUGCCCAAGUUCUACUUUCUGUACUGAAGCUUUUGGUGUUGAAUCUUUCUGAUUUUCUCUUGUUCUUUCUCAUGGUCCUUGUGCUAUGGACCACUAUAUACAUACGGUGUUGAAGCUAAUACUCGAAGAUGUUCGCUAAUCCUAUAUACCUGUGAUCUUGUUGGUGAUUUCGUGCUUUAUUCACUUUUGAUUUGAUACUUGUUCGUACGUUGAAGGUUGAUUAAACG